AUACUACUAUUUUAAGGUUGUUUGUUAUAAUUAUUAUUUUUUCAGCAUGUAAGAGGAGUGGAUAGCAUUACUGAAAUGAUGCUUAUAAUGCUUUCACAAAGUGCAAUGGUGUAGUGGGAUCUGGCAGUUAAAUUUCUUCUACAUGGUGGUUUAUGUAGUUAGGGAUGUCGAUUUGUCGCUUAUAACUUAUAUAUGCACGUGUAAAGUCUCUCUGUAAAAGAAGUCCUUGGCUGGAAAUCAUGGACCAAUAGCCGCAGCUUUAGAUACGGCGCUAAUUGGUUCUUUGAUCCUGGUACCAUAUCUGUGAUCAUGUGAGCGCUGUCACCGACAAGAUCUGUUUGAUACGAAAAGGACUAUGAAUAGCUUUGUAAACCUCACUCAUGUGCAUGGUGGAUGUCAGAAGAAUCAUGCUCGUGACUUUGAAAGAAAAAGUAAUCGAUGCGAUUUGACCCAUCAGUUGUCAUUUGUCGGAAAUUGAACCAAUACACAACUGAGGAUGGAAUACCAUUCUGUGUGCUGUGUCAAGAAUUUGCAUAAGCACGAUCGUCAGCUGCUACUCUUAACAAGAAGGCCAACUUUUAGCACCUGGCAGAGUUACUCCAUUUAGCAACUAUCAAUCUGUUUCCUCUUAUAAUCGGUUUCUCACUGAUGCCAAACUAUGACGAUCUCUCGCUUGAUUGAGGAUGGAAGUUUGAGUUGUGGAUAUUCAAGCUUUAGAGGAAGGAGAGCAAGCAUGGAAGAUUUUUAUGAUGUAAAAUCAUCUAUAAUUGAUGGCAAACACAUUAGUCUUUUUGGAAUAUUUGAUGGUCACGGUGGCUCACGUGCCGCUGAAUACUUGAAGGAGCACUUAUUUCAAAACCUCAUGAAGCACCCACAGUUCAUGACCGACACAAAAUUGGCCAUAAGUGAAACCUAUAAACAAACUGAUUCAGACUUUUUGGAUUCUGAAAGCAAUGCUCUCAGAGAUGAUGGUUCCACAGCAUCAACGGCUGUUUUGGUUGGAAACCACUUGUAUGUGGCAAAUGUUGGAGAUUCACGGGCUGUGAUAUCACUAGCAGGAAAAGCAAUUCCACUAUCAGAUGAUCACAAGCCGAAUAGAAGUGAUGAGCGCAAGAGAAUUGAAAAUGCUGGAGGGGUUGUCAUGUGGGCUGGUACUUGGCGGGUGGGAGGUGUACUUGCAAUGUCCCGUGCAUUUGGUAACCGCCUUUUGAAACAGUUUGUUGUCGCGGAACCUGAGAUUCAGGAGCAAGAGAUUGGCGAUGAGCUGGAGUUUCUGAUUUUGGCUAGUGAUGGGCUGUGGGAUGUGGUUCCUAAUGAGGACGCCGUUUCGCUCGUGAGAGAGGAAGAGGAGCCCGAGGCCGCAGCUCGGAAGCUGAUGGAGACCGCCUUCUCGCGGGGAAGCGCCGACAACAUAACAUGCAUUGUUGUGAAAUUCCACCAUGAGAAACCUGGAGUUGAUUCUCCUACUGAGUCAGAUGAUCCGAGUUGAUUUAUCAGUUCGAAUCUUUGCUGAACUUAUGUCGCGGGUUGGUCUUCUGCUAUCAUUGAGCGGGACCGACCCAGCUGUUUCUUUAUUCCUUUGUUUUUGGCAUAAACUAGAGAACUUGUUUUAUUAUCCUGGUUAUAUGUUUUGGUUCUUAGCUUGGGUGGUUAUAUGUUUUGGUUCCUUGCUUGGGUGCUUA